CUUUUAGUGAAUACUUGUGUUUGAAAUGUUUGGCAUUUAAUUCACUCAUAAAUGACGUGUUGUUUACGAUUACAACACUUUUUGUGGUCAAAAGUGAACAACAAAUCUGUGACACAAUUAUUGACACAAUUAUUAUCUCAAUAAUGGAUUCGUUGCCGAAGUUUACGUCAAAGACUCGGAUCAGUUGUUUGGAUAAAUCUCUGCCCAAAUCAAAGUCCGAAAUAAACAUAAGUAUUUACGCUCUCCUCAUGAGUGAAAUGGUUCAGUACUGCCAGAAUCGGGUCUAUACUGUGCCUGAGCUCCAGAACAAAUUAUCAGAGAUGGGGUAUAGAGUGGGACAGCGAGUGAUGGACGCGAUGGCCAUUCGCGAGAAGAACUUCAAGAGAGAGACCCGAAUCAUCAAUUUGUUGGUCUUCUUGAGGACCAAAGUGUGGAUGAAUUUGUUUGGCAAAGAGGCGGACAAAUUGGAACAGGCGAACGAUGACGAGUCCACUUAUUACAUCAUCGAAAGCGAGCCAUUGGUCAACAAAUUCAUAUCAGUGCCCAAAGACAAGGGAUCCCUAAAUUGUGCGGCAUUUGUGGCCGGAAUUAUUGAAGCCGUUCUCAAUGAAAGCAAUUUUAGCGCUAAAGUGACCGUUCAUUGGCAUAAAGGGACCACUUUUAUGAUCAAAUUUGACGAUUCGGUGGUCGCCAGAGAUAAAGCUCUCGAAAAUAAAUAAUUUAUAAUUCUAUGAUCACGUAAUUCACUCGAUGUAUAUAUUUUUAAUGAUAAACUAAUUGUCAACAAAUUCUAAUAUUUAUAAAGAAAUUGAUUUCGAAAAAAACAA